AUGCUUGCAAUCGAAAGAAUAUGCACCAUACUGGCAGCACAAACGUUAUGUGAGUUAUUUGUACAUUCGUAAACUAUAUAAAAAGUCGAAAUAUCUUAUCGAUUUCUCAUACGAUUCUUACAUGAUGAAAUCUGAAAUAUUCACACUUUUGGCCAGUUUCAAGACAAAAAACUGGCUGUAAACGGCAAAAAGGUUUUUAAUGAGUUUUCAAAUUUUAAUAAAAUAUACCGCUGAACUAAUGAUGAAAGCAGUUUCAUAGAUGUUGAAAAAGUUGGAGAAUAACCUUGAAUCAAGCCUUUUUUCUAAGUGAAUUCAAUAUUAGACUCCAAAAAAAAUUGUUUUUCAGAUGAUGUGGAGCACUAUGGAAACCCAGAGUUCCAGGAAGGUUACCAGGCAAGAAUCGUUUUUGUAGAACCAAAUGAGCCGAUGACCAACUUGAACUUCGAAGGAGGUCAUAUCUUCAAAGAAGACAGGCAAACGACGUGUCUUAUCAUAGACGUCUGAAAUACAGGAUCUUAAAACUUAGCGUAGUACUUUUUUAGAUUCGACCCAUGGCUCAUUUAGCGAUACUUUUGGACAUUGUCGCGAUGAAUGUGGAAAGCGGAUCUAAAGUCGAGAUUUUCCAGUAUUUAAAACAAGAGAAAAAGAAGGUCUUUUUCUUUAUGGACAGGUUGAUUUUCCAAAAUACUGAAAAAAGAAAACUUGGAUUUUCAGCUUCACUGGGGAACGAGCUAUCUCUACGGAAACUUUUGACAGCAACUUUCGGCGAAAUGGUCUUUUUGUAACUGCGCUCAAUAGCGGGAUGCAAAUCCGAGUGUUCGCGCCGCACGGAAAAAAAAUUUAUCAAACAGCAACGAAUCUCUCCGUUACUUUUGAUAGGAAGAACAGUAAGCUUUUUUCGUAUAAAGUUGAAAUUUCUCUGAUCUUCAAAAUUUUUGAAGAAACACUUUUGAUAUUGGGCGAUGAAUGCAAAAACGUUCGUACUUACUUUCCCGAAAUCUCAAAAGAGGCCGCGAAAAAUGACGCGAUUCGUCGCGAGCCUUGACGAGCGAUUCUUCGCAGCACUUACUGUUUCAGCGCGCACUCUCCUUCUUCCUCUAGCAAAAAUCGCUCAAGGCCACGAGUAGCUAUACAGUAUAAAAACUGGAUUUCACUCGUAAUUGCUGAAACUUCGUUCCUGAACAAUUGAUCUGAAAAAUGACUCUUUUUGAAUGGUUUCAGACUUUUUCUGCCCUGACCCGGUUGUCGAGCUCCGUCACUUGGAAAAAGGAACUUUCAUUGUUCCUGCAAGUCCCACCGACUCCGGCUGUCCGUUUCUCUUGAAGGCCAAGACUAACUUCCGAAUGAAAAUCAGCUACUCUGUGAUUGGAUAUAAGAACGUUCAGAUCAAAUACAAAGAGUACAAAAUGAGGCAGGAGAAAUGGUUAGUUUCUUUACGUAGCUUGGAAAUGCUGAAUGGAAAUUUGCGCAGGAGAUAUCUCGGUAUUGGAGAAGAAUACAUUUCGCACACAGAAGAAGUUCAAAUAGUCGUUCGGCACCAGAAAGAGGUUAUUGGCAAAUGGAGGAGCGCUGUCAACAUCACGUUCUCGAUGACUCCCAUGGGUGACUCGACCAAAAAAUGUCCGUAGAAUUGAAAAUGUGUUUCAGACUGCAACUGCAAAGACAACGUUUUGACGAUCUCCGCCACGAACCCUCAAGCGGUUUUCAACUCGAGUGGUCGAGAUCUGAAGAUGUGUCCGCUCCAAAAAUGUCCAGUGAAUAUCAAGACAAGUGCGGAUGGCCUGAAAAUUCCGAAAAACUACGCAGCAACGUUGGCUGUCGAUUUUGACCGAGUUCACGUUGGUGAUUGUAUCAAUAUCCCCAGUUACAAAGGAGCCAAGCCUAUGGGCGAUUUUGUGCACUCGUGAGUUUUAUAUUUGAAACAGAGGCAAUAAAUGGAAACUUUGAAAAUUUUUGAGAAAAAGCCAAUUUAGCUUUUGAUGUUAUCAACCUACAAUUUUUCAAUGAGAAAAUGCAACUCUGAGUCAGAAACAAAAUCAAAGCAAAAAAACAGUGAACCUUUUUGUUCAAAAAUUGCCUCAGGCAAAUUUUUCUUUGUUUUCUUUUUUUCCGAAAAAAAGAAUAAAUAAAAAAAUUGAAGACUUGUGGUUCAUUACAAAAUGAAGUUUUUCGAAAAAAACUCUGAAAAAAAUGUUUUGAUGAAUUAUUUUUUUUCUUUUAUUUUUUUAUUUCAGCAUCGAUCAGUUCCCUAGCCAGCGUCUUUUCAACUACAGUGAUUUGACAAUCGACCUCCACCCGUCCGCGUUCCUUGCCAAACAGAAAUACAUAAUAACUGCAAAUUUGCUGAUCCAGCCAGAAGGUUAUUACUUUCCGAUUCUACUCAAAUUGAUCUUUUCCAGCUUGCAAUUGUCAUGGAAUGGCUGUAAAAAGCAAUUACAAAAGUACCUUUAACUUAUCGAAAGAAUGCAAAGUCAUCGAUUGCCGCUGGUCGUUUGCCAACACCAAUGAAAACAAAAAAGUAAGAUUUUCAUCUGAGAAGGAAAAUCACAAGCGACGGACUUCAGAUGAAAGUUUUGCAAUUCACAAUGUCGGGGAACAGUUUUUGCUCAUCCGACUUCAUCACGCUCAUCGAAACGUACUCAAGCGACAAGGAAAUGUUUGUUCUUAUCAUUUAAACAAAAUCAUUAUUGAUGAUUUUUGAAGGUUCUCAACGAGUCUCCAUUUGAACGAGACAAACAGAAAGCUAAUCGGCUACGGUAAAUCUUUCUUCCUGCACUACAAAAGAAACGACCCGGAUGAAUCUUGCGAUGUCACAUUUGCCCUGGAGUUCUCUGAUCAAACGGGUGAGUUUUUUUUUUCUUGUCGUUUCAGCGCCCUUCGCUUCAUUAACAUUAUUCUCAAGAAAUCGUGAAAUUUUGAAAAAAUCAUAAAUUCAAACAGAAGCGAGGGAAUGGUAAAUGCAGCUAGACAAAGACAAAAUAGUGUGUGUCAGAGAAAGAGUUGUGGCGGCAUUUAUACGCUCCAUGUCAGAGUUAUAGAUCAAACAUAACUACUUUCGUUGAAAAGAAUGAUUGGACCAUGUCAAAAAAAUUUUCUGCAGAAGUGAAGAAGAAUGGCUACCACGGCUCAGCAAUUUGGGUAUUCGCUUUCUUGCUGUCUACUUUUGUCGUGCUUGGCGUUUCUUACAAAAUUCUCCGCAAAACGUUUGUUUUCUUGAGUCAAAGUUCCUGACUUAAUCUUUUCAGAGACCUCUUCAAAAUUUUCAAAGCUGACAACGAAAAUGACGAUUCCCGCGAAAUGGAAGCUCCAUUGGUGGAAAUGACCCCUUCUUUUUUUCUUUGUGAAGAUGUCGAUGUCACUGACUGA